AGACCAGGCUCUGGAGACUGAGAGAGAGAGACAGGCAUAGAGACCGACACACAGACAGACAGGUGGACAGACAGAUGGACUGUUGGUGGCGUGUGAUGCUUUGAUUCCUAGUGGAAUAGAAGGGUCUCUUCUGCAUGGGACACUGUUGUAAGCCCUCAUUAAGUUAACGAAUUGGAGACAGACAGACAGACAGACAGACAGACAGACAGACAGACAGACAGACAGACAGACAGCUCUCCGGUCGACUCGAAGGACCACCUCUCUUUCUGGGGUUUGGGAUGCACUGCUUCUGGGUGGACUAGGAGAAAGGUCUCCUCUCUUUCUUCCCCUCUCCUCCUCCUCUCCUGUCUUCCACGAGAGAGCGCUCAGUGAGGAUCUGAUCCUGGAGUGUAGAGAGAGACAGAGGGCCUAACGGGACGCGAGGCAUCAUGGCUCGUCUCAACUGGUGCCUGGCCGCUGUCAUCAGCUGGGGCAAGUUCCUCUUUUCCUGCUUCUUCCCCCUACGGGGGGCCAAGAAAGACAAGCCUGAGGAGUUGGAGAGUGUCCACACACACAAUUUCAAGCUUAAGCCCUUCAAGAAAGUCAAGAGCUGUGAUGUAUGUCAGCAGGCCAUCACCAAGGAUGGGCUCAUCUGUAAAGUGUGCAAGCUGGGCAUCCAUAAGAAGUGUGAGGUGAAGGUCCUUGCAGAUGCAUGUGUGGCACCUACCGGAUCACCUACCAAGCCGCCGUCCACUGAUCCUCCUUGGAGAUCAGUUGCUUCACUUAAUUCACGGCCGUCCACUCCUCAGCUGCCGUUGAAGCAUGUAGAAACUCCGGGAACCCCAAGGUCCUGUAAGAGUGAGCAGACUAGACGAAGGCCAUCACGCAGUGUCAGUCUGCUGCAGGCCAUGGAUGAGAACUAUGAGGUGGACCUGGUGUACAUCACCGAGAGGAUCAUCUCUGUCUCCUUCCCCAGCGGAGCGGAGGAGCGCAGCUACACCUCCAACAUCAAGGAGGUGGCCUCCAUGCUGGCCUCCAAACACGGGGAACACUAUCUGCUCCUCAACCUAAGUGAGCGGAGGAAUGACAUCACCAAGCUUAACCACAAGGUGCUGGAGUUUGGCUGGCCAGACCAUUAUGCUCCUGCCCUGGAUAAGAUAUGCAGCAUGUGCAAGGCCAUGGACACCUGGCUCAACGCUGACCAACACAAUGUAGUGGUGCUUCACAACAAGGGGAACCGUGGGAGGACAGGAGUGGUGGUGGCUGCCUACAUGCAUUACAGCAACAUAUCAGCCAGUGCUGACCAGGCACUGGACAGAUUCGCCAUGAGGCGCUUCUACGAAGACAAAGCACUUCCUGUGGGUCAACCGUCCCAGAGAAGGUAUGUGCGUUACUUCAGUGGUCUGCUCUCUGGCCACAUCAAGAUUAACAACAAGCCUCUGUUCCUGCACCACGUCAUCAUGCACGGCAUCCCCAACUUCGAGUCCAAAGGAGGCUGUCGUCCUUUCCUGAAGAUUUACCAGGCGAUGCAGCCAGUCUACACGUCAGGGAUAUAUAACGUACAAGGGGACAGUCACACCAGUAUCUGCAUUACCAUUGAACCUGGCCUGCUCCUAAAGGGAGACAUUUUGUUGAAGUGUUACCACAAGCGUUUCCGGAGCCCCAUUAGGGAUGUGAUAUUCAGAGUGCAGUUCCACACCUGUGCCAUCCACGACCUGGGAGUGGUCUUCGGGAAGAAUGAACUGGAUCAGACAUUUAAAGAUGAGAGAUUUCCAGAAUAUGGGAAAGUGGAAUUUGUCUUCUCCUUCGGACCUGAGAAAAUCAAAGGUACAGGAAUGGGCCACCUUGAGAAUGGCCCACAAGUGUCGGUGGACUACAAUACCCAAGACCCCCUCAUCCGCUGGGACUCCUACGAGAACUUCAACAGGGGCUGCGAGGAUACAGGAGAUGACGUUGUUCACACCCAAGGCCCCCUCGACGGCAGCCUGUAUGCCCGAGUCACAAAGAAAGAGUCCCUCGAUGGAGUGGUCACAAUUAACGGCCUUCCCGUCCUCGACCACCCCCUAACCAACGCAGACCACACCCCCCAACACCCUAACCACACCCUCCCAAGUUCUGACCGCACCCUCCCGGUAGUGGGCCACGCCUCCCUGCCCGCGGUCGACCACGCCCUGUCGGUUAGCAGCGACUCUGGGAACUCGACAGCAUCUGUCAAAACCGAUCGCACCGAUGACCACAGUCUGUUGCUGCAUGGAGCGGUGAACACCAACCAGAACCACAACACGCCCAGUCAUCCCCCUCUCAGUCCCCAGGAGAAGAGAGAGUUGGACCAGCUUCUGAGUGGCCUUGAGGCCCCCAUGCUCCACCGCCAGGCCUACCUGGCUACCUCCACCAGCCCCGGGGGGGCAGUACGCCACCUUGUCCCAGCCCAGGUGCACGUCAGCGGGCAUACCCGGCUCAUUGCAGCCCCUUCCGCCGAAGAGCGCGAGACGGACAUCUUGGACGACGAGCUGCACAUUAGUCAGGAGGGUAACAGCGUGGACAGUCUGGGAACACUCUCGUCAUUGGAGGGCCAGGCCACGCCCGCAGAGCUGUACUACCAAUCACAGAUACCCAUUAAUAGGCAGAACGACGGGCCAUACCUGGAGAAGCUACGGGAGAUGCCGGUGCACCGGGUACGGACUUCUACGUCGGCACAGGAGCGGAUCAUGGACUCCAGUUCGCCCCAGGAGGAGGAGUACUCUCCUAACAGUUACCAGAACGGGAGUAUGCAGCGUUCCCAGUCCUUCGGGACCCCCGAGCCUGGAGGCCACAAGCUGCCGAGGGCCCCUGAGAGGAGCACCAGUAGCAGGGAGGCAGUCCAGAGGGGGCUGAGCGCAUGGCACCAGUACAGUCUGCCAGACGACCCCUUCGGUCCUCCCUUACAGAGCACCCACAGUCUGCCCCACUUCCCCCCCACCGCCUCUCAGCACGACAUAGAGCAGUCUAUCGAAGCCCUCGACAUGCUGAUGCUGGAUCUGGACCCACACACAGGACAGGUGCCCAAGUCCUACAGCGCCCCCUCUGGUGAGAACAGUGUAGGAGGGCCAGCCCAGAUCCCCUUCUCCCAAUCUCUGGCCAGGCCGUCCUACCAGGCAGACUCAGCCAUCCAUGGCUAUAACAUUAACUACAAUGCCUUUGGACAACCUCUGAGGUCGACGGCUGGCCGGGUUUCAACGUCGCCCAUCCAGAGUCCUGUGGCUGAGUCUCCCUUGUCGUAUGUCCCCCCGAGGUCCGCCUCGUACCAGCCCCAUACCAACACCACUCCCAUACACCCCCCCGAGCCCUACCACAUGCACCCAGCUCAGGGGCCCGGUUCCCCACUCUACCCCUCUGACUCCUCCUCCAUCUUCGGACAGCUCCAGAUGAAGCCCCUAAACUCGUACCCAGGUGGGACGGUGGUGUCCCACUCCCCAGACCGCAAGGGAGGGUCUCCCUAUCAUGGCUACAGUACCUCCUCCUCCCCCCUCCCCAACUCUUCCCCCCUUCUCAAGGAGCCAGAACCUGAGGAGGAGAACCUCAACCUGGAGGGCCUGGUGGCUCAACGCAUUGCUGGGAUGCGUUCCCGUGGGAUGACGCCGGAGGAGGCUCAGGAGACCGUCCGACGUCGGACCACUAGCGAGGGGCACUACCAGAGUGGCAACGAGGACCCUCCAGCCCACACGGGGGCGCCGGUGCGCUCCCCUGUCCACUCGUCACACUUCCACAUCCUCAACCCUGGAGGAAGACCCAGAGAGGGCCCCAUGCACAGCUACCGCGAGGCGUAUGGGGAUGAUGAUGCUGACGGUAGGGCUGCUGUCAAUCCUAUGUUCAGCAGUGGUGGUGAGGCACCCCUGACCCCUGCCUUCCCUGUCUCACCUCAGACCCCUUACUUCAACAUGUCCCGUUCUCCUCCAGGCUUGGCCAAAACCCCUCUCUCUGCUUUAGGACUGAAGCCCCACCAUCCAGCAGACAUUCUCCAUGGUGGAUCAGACGGCCGUGGUUAUGGUGGACACCCCCUAAAUGAACCCAUAUCUUCCAGUAGUCCCAUCCACAGCCCAGAUGGCAUGAGGAUGACUUCCUCCAUUCGGCUCCAGGCUGACUCUGGCUUCCCCUCCCACCCCUUGGAGAGUGCCCAGCACAACCCCGUUCCGUCCUACGGCCCCCACUCCCCUGAGGGAUCCCAGGUCAGCGUCGUGGGCCCCCUCCACACCGUCCCCGGAAGCCCCAACACACUCCACCGCACGGUGGCCACCAACACCCCACCUAGCCCCGCCCUCCAGCGCCGCCUGGCCAACCAAGCAAGCCCGGGUCUGGCUCGUCACCCCACAUCGCCCAAUGGAAACAGGGUGCAAGUCCCCGGCAGCCCUGUGAUCCCCUCAAGAGGCUCCAGAACCGCCGCCGUCCCUCCUAGCCCUUUGAUGGGGCGCCACUCGAUGGCCAGUGGCCACACUACGCCCGAUGACAGACAGGGGGCACCACCCACGCCCUCCUUCCCAGUGUCGCCCCAGCCGAUGCUUCCAGAGAAGAGGCGGAUGCCCAGUGGAGAGAGGUCCAAUGGGGGGCUGUCGUAUGGGACUCUGGAUGGGAAGACCACCAUACCCACCUUACCCAGUGGAGGCAGCACGCCCAGUGUGUCCACCUCUCACACCCUACCCGACCUCUCCAAAUUCUCCAUCUACGACCAGAGUCCAGACAUCAGGCUGAACGUGAAGUUUGUCCAGGACACGUCUAAGUUCUGGUACAAGCCAGACAUCUCCAGAGAGCAGGCCAUCAGUCUGCUGAGAGACAGGGAGCCAGGGGCCUUCGUCAUCAGGGACAGUCACUCCUUCAGAGGGGCCUACGGCCUGGCCAUGAAGGUGGCCUGCCCACCUCCCACCGCCCAGGCCAACAAGAAAGUUGGUGACAUCACGAGCGAGUUGGUGAGGCACUUCCUGAUUGAGACGAGCCCCAAAGGCGUUCGUCUGAAGGGCUGUCCCAACGAACCCUACUUUGGAUGUCUGUCUGCCCUGGUGUACCAACACUCGAUGACUCCUCUGGCCCUGCCCUGCAAGCUGAUGAUCCCCAGCAAAGAUCCCAAUGAGGAGGCCCUGGAGCUGGACACUCCCACGGACACAGUGGCCGAGCUGGUGAAACAAGGAGCAGUAGCACAGCAACAGGUCCCCGAGGAGGCCCAUGCAUGCAAUGUUCUUUACAUCAGCUCUGUGGACAUGGAGUCUCUGACUGGUCCUCAGGCCGUCGCCAAGGCAAUCAGCGAAACGAUGGCCGUCAAUCCAUUGCCCGUGGCAACAACCGUCCACUUCAAAGUGUCAUCGCAGGGCAUCACCCUCACGGAUAGCCAAAGGAAGGUCUUCUUCCGAAGGCACUACCCAAUCAACACUGUCACCUACUGUGACAUUGACCCCCAGGACAGGAAGUGGAGCAAGGAAGGAGGUGGAACGGCAAAACUGUUUGGUUUCGUGGCACGUAAGCAAGGAAGCACAACGGACAACGUCAGCCACCUGUUUGCCGAGUUGGACCCCGACCAGCCGGCUUCAGCCAUCGUCAACUUCGUCUCUAAAGUCAUGAGGCGGUGAAACCAACGAACCCCUGGCAGUCAUUUUGUUGGUCUUACAUUUUUUUGUCAUCAUUUUGGAUUGUGUUUCAUUAUUUUCUUCUGUUCUUUUUGUUGAGAUUUGUUCUCUUUGUUUUAUUCUGCGAGAUUUUGUUUGAAGGACUUGGAGGUAAUCCAAGAUGGCGUCAGAGGAAGUUGUGGCUGGAGUGGUGACAGUGAUAAUGUGUCUCGAGCUGGUGGAGGAAGAAGGUGGAGGAGCUGUGUGCUAAACUAAGUAUCAGUGGGAGAAAAGGACACUGACAUUUAUCAGGUUUUCGGAUUGAUUUACCAAAGGUAGCACUCAGAACAAGUAUGUCAUAAUUAGACGGUCAGUUUAAGGCGUUGUAGGUUUUCUCCGUUUUUCUUUUUUACAACGGGACUGUUGAAAUGAAACGAGAAAGAAUGCUUUCUUCUUGAACUUUAUUCUGUCUUCAGAAAAAUAGUUUGCCUCAGUGGCUUCUUACUAAAGAAUAUUUAAGAAGACAUUUUGCAUGUUAGCUCGAUCUUUAAGCUUGGUCCACUAAAGUCAUUUGUGAACCCUCGAGUGGACAUUUCCCAGGCCUGAUGUAUGUUGUAAAGGGCUCAACAGCGAGAAAAAUAAACUGUGCUCAACUUCACAGAGCAGAUGAACCUUCUCAUAAAACACAUUGCUUAUGUUAGGUCCAGACCUGACCAGUCGAUCCUGGAGCGCACUGAUUGAUUUCAGAUGUGGGAGAUGGAUUACUCUGGCCUGUGGAAAGGGAGCUGGUAAAUCUACUGCUGUCACUCCUCCUGUCCACACGGUGGUGCCGAUUAUCCACGUUUGAACUCAAUCCUGCUUGACUCAGACUGAUCAUCACCUGUUGGCUGCUCACAGACACUGCUAAUCAACACACUGGAAACAAACACCAGGGACUGGUCCGAGCCCUGGGCCCUAGGCACUGUCCUGCAUGUUUUAGUCCAACUGCACCCCCCUCCCUCUAAACAUCACCAAAACGGCCAUUCUACGCUGUGUUCUAUGAAGACUUUAACCCUAAGACAAGAAAACAGAGGUUGUUUGCCUUGUUAGAGACUGCAUGAUAUUAUAAACCAUUUUUGGACUCUACUAAAGAGUCCUAAAAAGAAAAAAGAACAUGUAGACAGCCUUUUGUUGAAGUAGUUACUCGAUGGUGAGAAGCGAUAUUUUUUUAAAUCUUGCAGCAGGGUUUCACUGUAUCAAGCAAGGUCGUCUUUCAUUUUUAACCAAAAGGGAAUUUAUCCUCUCACCAGAUCGCAUCUACAUACCUUUAGACAAACGUAGAGGUUGUCACACUGUGUGUAAAUGCCUGCUUCUCAAACACACACCACUCACCCAUCUUCCAUAAGCUAAGGAAAAAUGAUAUUGAUAUCAAAUGUAUAUAGAUAUACUACUUUGAAAGGUGACAUAGCUAAAAAAAAAUAUUUAUUUUUGUUGCUUUGUUCCUCCAUGAUAACUCAUAUAUACAUAUAUUGUACAGUCUACAUAAAGAAGAUUACCUUAAGGAUUGAGAAAAAAAUACUUAUUUUGGCUAAUGAUUUCAAAGUCGGGAGAUUUUGAAAGGCUUUUGGAUAUAUAUGGUGUACAUUACUCAGUACAUGUAUGUUUGUUCUAGCUCGUCAUGUUUCUUCUUCUUCGCGUUCUCAGAGAUUGAAGUUCGGCAUGUAUGGGAUGAAAGCAUAUGAUUUUUACAGGAAAAAUGCAUGGACAAAACCAUCCGGGUGGUAGACCAACAUAAUGUUCAAGUUUGUCUUAUACGCUGCCAUAAUACAGCGAAUAAUAUCAGUUACCUGGCAAAUGUUGUUGCCAGUUUUAGGGUCAGCUCUUGAAUAUGAAUUUACCAUAUUAUGAAAAUAUGAAAUGUUCUUAAAAAAGAAUACGUUUUUAUAAGGGAAGCAUGAGGACAUUUCAUUUAGAAGCCGACCUUAAAUGCAAUAUGUAAACAGCAAUGUGCAACCCAUCAUACCGACAUUAUGAUUUGCCAAAGAUUCAAACACAUAACUUCUAUGGUGUCUACAUGUUUGGCUUUUUUCCAAGGAAAUUGUGUUGCUAAGCCGAAUGAAUUCAUAAAUGUUCCUUCUGUUGCCAGUAAAUAUGAAGUCCCACAUACCACUAACACCACCAUUAUAUGUGAACUUCUCUAUUCUCUCUCUCGUCCUCUCCAUUGCAACUGAAUGGAGUUGAGACUAUUGUUAACCCGUUUAGAAAUACCAAGCACUUACCAAUGGAAUACCACAACCAUACAACAGAUGCAGAGAUGCAAACAAUUACUUUAUAUCAUUUCAUGUGAAUAUCAGUGAAGGCAAAAUUUUGUCUACAAUUCUUCAAAUCUCUUUUAUUUGAGCUACUACGUCUAGCUAUAGUCACCCCGAUGUCCAAACCGUGACCCUCUCACAAGUAACAUGCUUUAUUUAUUCGCCUUAUUUAUUCUUUAUUUGCUGGUAUGUUUUUUUUUUUUUUUUAAGUCCUCAACAUUUCAAGCUACAUGACCCCGCGGCUGUCAGUCAGUGUUAACCAAUGGAAAUGGAAUGUAUUUCUGUGUGGAGGUGUGUGGAGGAGUUCAGUGUACAGACGGGACUUAAUGAGUGUGUGAAUGUACUACUAAGGAUGUACAGAAGGGUCUUGUGUUUUUUUCCAUUUGCGUUAUACUGUCAUGGCUUACCUGUUCCUGAGGAGAAAAAACAUUAAAGCAAUACAAAUCUGUUACAGUAAAACAUAA